AUGGAUGUACAAGAAAUCGAUGAAAAACUGGUGACGAACGGUAAUUAUGUUAGGCAUGCUUUUAACAAUCGAAAUAUAAAAAUAAAGGUGAUGGAUACUGUGGAUAAAAUUGAAGAUUACAACAUUUUUCAAAGUGAAGCUAGCCAAAAUUGUCAACUAGCCAAAAAUAAAAAUAAAAAAUUUUUAUCAUUAAACGAAAAUUUAAUAUCAAAAAUACGAAGUGAAAGUUCAGAUAUAAUAAAAAAAGAUGGACAAAUUUUAGACGUAAAUUCUAGAAAUGUAUGUUAUGCAUUAAAAAGUGGAAAAUUUCGAUUAAUAAAUCAAAAUGGAAUAAAUACUACAAGAAUAAAAUUAUUAUAUGAUAGCGAAGUUUUAUAUGUUAGUUUUAAUCAAGAAAAUGGAAAUUUAUUAUUAAUUUUAGACACUAAAGGACAUUUAUAUAUAUACAAUAUUAAUGAAUAUAUAGUUGAGUUAAUUUUUUGUUUAAAUUUUUCAUCUGUUCAAAAUGAAAAAUCUUUUUCUGAUCAAUUGAAAAAUAUAUUGCUUCCAAAUGAUAUAGAAAAUGAAAAUAAAAACAUUGACAAUGUUAAUAAAAAAGAAGAAUUAGAAAAAAAAAAAAAUAUUCCCAAAAUAGCUAGCUGGAUACCAAAAAAUGAUAAAUUUUUUGUUACAGGUCAUAAUAGCUAUUUAUGUGUGUGGAAUAUUAAAAAGUUAUUAAAUUUUAUUACUACAAAUAAUAUAAAUUCAGAAAUAAAUGUAACACAUGAACUUAUUUCUAAUUGUGGUUUUAAGAUAUCAUUUGGAAAAAUAUUUUAUAAAUAUAAUUAUUUAUUUAAUGACAUGUUUUUAGAUAAUAAAUAUAAUCAAGACCAAACUUAUAAUACAUUUUUAAAUUCAUAUUGUUUUAGCUUAGAUGGAAAAUAUAUGCAUGCUUUGGUUAAUAAUUAUUAUUCCUUAAUUUGGAAAAUUCAAAAAGAGGAUCAAACACUUCAACUUCUUUUGGUUGGUUUCCGUUCCCUACAAGAGCAGUUAGCUAAUGUUCGAAAAUAUUUAAAUUUAAAUGAAAUAAAACAUGUUUUAAAAAGGGAAAAGGGUAACAUUAAAUUUCAAAUUGGGGAAACAUCCCAGCACAGAGGCAAAGAAAAUGGCAACAAAGAAAAUGGCAUCAAAGAAAAUGGCAUCAAAGAAAAUGGCAUCAAAGAAAAUGGCAACAAUAAUGAUGAUAAUGACGAUAAUGGUGAUAAUGACGAUAAUGACGAUAAUGGCGAUAAUGGCGAUAAUGGCGAUAACGAAAUAUCUUCAGUUCACAUAAUCAACACCUUUAUCCAAAAUAAAGAAAAUGAAGGAAAAUUAAGCGAAUAUUAUUUGCUGGUAUUUCAUAAUGGGUGCUGUAUAUCUCUUUUUUCAUUUAAAAAAUAUAAUGAAUGUUCAAGUGUGAAACAUAAUAAUAAUACAGAAGAGCGAACAGAUAUAUUAAAUGAAUAUAUCGAACAAAAUAUUUUUUUCGAUAAAAGUGUUACAAAUAUAGAAAAUGUAGAACUAUUUUUAGAUCCUUCUGAAUUUUUUGUUUUUUUUAAUAUAUCUUAUAAUGUUUUAAAUAAAAAUCAAGAAUAUAUAAAUAAAAGUUUGUUAUUUGUUAUAGAAGUAUUUAAUAAAAAAAGACUAGAGUUUAACAUUCAUCCUAAAUUUUUAUUAUUACAAAAAGAUCAUACAAUAUUACCAUUAUGUUCUAUAAGAAUAUUAACAAUAAAUGAAUUUAUUAAAUUUGCAAAAGUAUUAAAUGUUUCAGUAUCCUCAAAUUCUAUUAAUCUUUUUAUUUUUUCUAUAACAUUUAACACUGCAAAAAAAAAUAUCAAUGUCAAAUCAUUCUCUGUUCCGAUUCCAUUAUUAAUGGGUGAUAUAUGUGAUACCCAAAAAGAUCAUGAAAAAAAAAUGAAUUUGUAUCGUUCAAAAAGUGAGAAAUUGAAUGAGGAUAUUGAACGAGAUAAAUUUAAUCAUAAUGACAAUCGUGUCGUUCUUCCAUCUUUUUUGGAUUCUCAAACCAAUACUACUUUUGAUAAAAUUGAUCCUUUUCAUAUUAAAAUGGGUUCUAAAAGAUGUGCAUCUGACAUAAAUGCUAGCCAACUAAUUAAAAGUGAUGAUACUAAUACGCAAUUGACUUUAAUAAAUAAAAAAGAUGAAACUGUUAAUAUUGAAUCAUCAUUUUUUGAUACAAAGAAAGAUAAAAUAAAUAAAUGUGAUGAAGAAAAUAUGGAACUUGAGUUGGUUAACACAGAAGAGAAUAAUCUUAUCCAUAAAGAUUAUGAUCAAUUUAGCAAUUCCAAAUUAAAUAACAAUUAUAAUGAAAUAAAACAUGGUGAAACAAAACAUGGUGAAAUAAAACAUGGUGAAAUAAAACAUGAUGAGAUAAAACAUGAUGAAAUAAAAUAUGAUGUAAAUUUUAUCGACAAUAUUAUUUCUAAAAUGUCAUUAAUUGAUAAUAAAUUAUGUGAAAAUAAAUUAUGCGAAAAAACAGAAGCAACUGAACCCAUUAUUAGUUACGAAAUUUUAGAUAAUAAAAAAGAAGAAAAUUCCCCAAAAAAUAGAUUAUUAAUUUCAGAUUCGGUUGAAAUAAAUAAAGAAGAAACUCAAAAUGAUGCAUAUUUUAAGGAAACAAAACAUAUUGUUGAUAUAAUAUUUUCUAGUUCUUCAAAUCAAAAGGAUAAUAAAAUUUAUGAGAAUGAUCGAAUGUUAUUAUCAUGUGCAGGUGAAAAUGUUGAGAAAGAAAACCAAGGUGAACUAGCCAAUAAUAAUGAUACCGAUAACAAUAAUAAUGAUACUGUUAACAAUAAUAAUGAUGAUAAUAAUGAUGAUAAUAAUGAUGAUAAUAAUGAUAAUAAUAAUGCUGAUAAUAAUGAUGAUAAUAAUGAUGAUAAUAAUAAUAAUGAUGAUAAUAAUCCAAUAGUUGGGAACAGUAAUAUAGAUAUAAUCAUGUCAACACAUGAAGAUGUAUUAAAACGUUUUAUGGAUUUUAAAUAUGAUCAGAGUCGGGAAGAAGACGAAAGCGAAAUUGAAAAGGUUGAAAAGGUUGAAAAGGUUGAAAAGGUUGAAAAGGUUGAAAAGGUUGAAAAGGUUGAAAAGGUUGAGAAGAUUGAGAAGAUUGAAAAAAGUGGCGAAAAAGGUGGCGAAAAAGGUGAGCAUAUCGAAUUGGUAAGCCAAUUGGAUACCAAUCAAAUAACCCUAAAUGACCAAACAAAAUAUUUUAAAAAAGAAGAAGGUCAGGAAAAAAUGUUGUAUCAAUCAAAAGAUAAAAACAAAGCUAAAUAUGAUAACGAAAAAUCGAAUGGAAAUGUAGAAAAUGAGGGUUUAAAAAAAGAGAAAAACAUAAAUUCGUUUUUUCACAAAUUAGGGUUUUUUAAAAACAAUGUAUCAAACAAGUUGAAGAAUGAAAAUGAUGAUUGUCAAAAAGAUGAAACGGUAAAUGAAGAAAUUGUAGAGGAAAAAAUUAAAGAAGUUAAUUGUGAUUUUGAGAAUAGCAUAAAUAAUAAGAUAAAACCGGAAAAAAUAGAGAGUGAAGAAAAUGAUCACCAUUUCAAUAACAAAUGUAAUAAUAGUGACACACAAAUUUUAGAUACAAAUUUAAGAAAAGCUAAUCAAAAAGAUGUUGAAAAUUGUAUAAAUGUGAAAAAAGAUGUUGAAAAUAAUAUACAACCAUCUAUUGGUGAAUCAAAAGAACUAAAUAAUUGUCCAAUUUAUAUGAAUGAAGAUAUUAUGAAAAAUAUAUGUAAUACAAUAUGUAAAAAAAUGAGUACAACGAUAUACAAUACUGUUUAUGAUGAACUAAAUAAAAUAUGUCCACUAAAAAAUAUGAACAAGACAGGUGAAAAUGGCGAAAAUGGUAAAAAUGGUGAAAAUGGUAAAAAUGGCGAAAAUGGUAAAAAUGGCGAAAAUGGUAGAACUUUUUUGGAUGAGUGUCGAGAUAAAGAAUAUAAUGAAAUAUGUGCAAUGUCAAAUAAGUGCAAUAAAAAAAUAAACGAAAUGAAAGAAGAAAUUAUAAAUUUAAAAAAUCAAAAUAAAAAUAUGAGUCUAAAAUUGGCAUCAAUAAAUAAUAGUAUAUGUAAAAUAUUUGAAAAUAUAAAACAUUAUGGAAAUUAUAUGAAAAAUUCAAAACAAAAUAUACAAGAAAAUAAAUUAGAAAAAAUACAGACCGAAAUAAAUACAUUAAAGAAAUCGGUUAAUAAUAUGGUAAAUAAAAGUUCAGAACAUUUGCUUACUUUUCUAGAUGAUUUUAAAACAAAUAUAGGUAAAUUAUUACGAGCUAAUAAUGAUAAUUUAAGAAAAACAAUUCAACAAAAUUUAGGAGAUAAUGAAAAAAAUGAUAGAAAUAUAAAUAAUAUUAAUACAUUUUAUAACGACCUAAUUUAUAAUAAAGGAAUAACCGAUUUUUUAAAUGAAGUUCAUCAAAAUGCUUUAAAAAAAAUUAUGCCAUCAGUUAUUUCAUCAGAAAUUCAAGUUCAAUUUUCAAAGAGUAUAGUCCCAGGUAUGAGAGAAGCAUAUAAUACUGGGUUCCAAUCUAUAACAGAACCAUUAAAUGAAUUAUUGGUAGAAAAUAAAAAAUGGUUAAAUAAUAAAGUGUGUAUAAUUGAAAAAGGUACAUAUGAAAAGAGUCAGAAAAAUAAUGAAGAAUCUUUAAUUACUAUAAAUAAUAAAAUAGAUGCAUUAGAUAAAGAAUUUAAAAUGUUUACUUACAGUAUUAAUGAACAAUUAAUAUAUCUUAAUGAAAAUAUAAAGGUUCUAAAUAAAAUAGUUAUGAAUCUAAAUAGUAAAAAAAACGAUAACCCAAAAAUGGUAACAUAUAAUGGAGAAAUGGAAUUUGAAAAAAAAGAACAUAGAGAAAUUGAAGAUGAUGUAUCAAAUAUAAAUAACAUAAAAUAUACAAAUAAAACAAAUAAUAAUAUGUCAUAUAAUAAUAAACGUGUAUCUAUAGUGGAAUUAAAAAAUAAUUAUGAUAUAGAAGAUGUUGAAGAUGAAAAAAAAGAUGAACAAUCUCCAAAAAUUGAAAAAAAAAUGGAUAAUUCAGAUAUUAUAAUAAAAGGAAGAAUUAAUCAAUUAUUAACUGAACAUGAAUAUAAUCAAGCAUUUACAUUAGCUUUAUCAAUAGAUAUAGAAAAAAACACAAAUGCUUUUUGGGUAUUACAAUUAUGUCAUAGAUUUCAUGAAAAAAUGUUUUUAAAUGAAACAUUAACUAUAAGUCAACCAGCUUUAUUAAGUAUAUGUAAAAUAUUAUGUGAAUCUUUAAUAAAAACAACUAAUUUAUCUUUAGAAGAAUCAGAAUUUCGUCUUAAAUGGAUUCGUGCAUGUAUGCAGCAAUUGGCUUUAAAUCAUUCCGAUUUAUUGAAAACUAAUGCAUUUAUAUUUAUGAAAAAUAUGCAUAAUAAUAUAUCUGCAUUUAGUUAUUAUGUAGAAAAUGAGUUAGCAAAAGUUAUGGGAAACAAUACUAAUGAUAAUGAUGAUCAUGAAGAAGAAAAUAGAUUAAUAAUAAAAAGACAUCUCUUUAAAAAUAAAAUUAUCUUUAAUCAGAAACAAACUACAAAUGACAAAGAAAAAGAAAAUGAAAUUAAUUCACACAACCAUUAUAGCUUGAAUAAUAACCAUUUAAAUUCCGCUUCAGAACAAAAUAAUUAUCAAUAUAACAAAAAUAUGCUUAUCGCUUUACAAGAAGAAAUAUACCACAUUAGGAAGUUGCUCAAACGGAUCAUAAAUAGUAUGAGCAAGAGCAGUGCAUAA